GGGGUGGGACGGGGGUGGUCGGAUGCGGGACUCAGCCUUUGCCCGCCCUUCAGUCCUCCAAGCCGGUCAUGGAGAAGCGGCGCCGAGCGCGCAUCAACGAGAGCCUCGCGCAGCUCAAGACCCUUAUCCUGGACGCCCUCAGGAAAGACGUAAGCCGGGGGCGGGGGCGCGGGGUCCAGGCGCGGGUCCACGCGUCUGGGGCACGGCUGGCUACAGCGCCCACCGUACCUGCCCCCAGAGCUCCCGCCACUCGAAGCUGGAGAAGGCAGACAUCCUAGAGAUGACGGUGAGGCACCUGCAGGGCCUGCGGCGCGUGCAGGUGACAGCCGCACUCAGCGCCGACCCCGCCGUCCUGGGCAAGUACCGCGCAGGCUUCAACGAGUGUCUGGCCGAAGUGAGCCGCUUCCUGGCCAGCUGCGAGGGCGUCCCCGUCGACGUGCGAUCCCGCCUGCUCGGCCACCUGGCGUCCUGCCUAGGCCAGCUGGCGUCCUCGCGCCGCCCGGCCCCGCCGACCCCCGCCGCCGAGGCCCCCGCGUCCGAGGUCUUCACGGGCUGCCCGCUGCUGCCCGCAUUCGACGGCCCCCUCCCUCUGCUGCGCCCCGGGGCUGUCUUCGCACUCCUGCCGGCCUUCUCCGGGUCGGGGCCUACGGCGGUGCCAGGCCUGACGGGGGCGCCGCCUGCCGUACCCCGCCCGGGACCGCAGGGCCAGGCGGCGCCCUGGAGGCCGUGGCUGCGAUGACACCGCGGCCCUCGGACUUCAGGGUCCCCCGCCCCCGUCCUAGGGCCAAGGCCCUUUGCCGAGAGAUACCCAGAAAAUAUUUAUUACUAGAGGCUGCGUC